AUGAUUUAUUCAUACAAAAACGUCAUCAGUGGCUUUGCUGCUCGAUUGACAGAGAGAGAGAUGGCAGAAAUGAAGAAGAAACCCAGCUUCGCACAUGCGUAUCUCGAUCGGAUCCUUCCUCUGCAAACAACCCACUCCCCUGAGUUCUUGGGUCUCAGCCGCAGCACGCCGGGGUUCUGGAAUGACUCCAACUACGACAAAGGCGUCAUAAUUGGAGUCCUGGACAGCGGAAUCUCGCCUAACCACCCAUCCUUUGGUGACGAGGGCAUGCCCCCUCCGCCAUCCAGAUGGAAGGAUGCUUGCGAGUUCAAUGCCUCAGACUGCAACAACAAGCUCAUCGGCGCAAGGAACUUCGUCCGAGGUGCCUUGGCCAUGGAUGCUGCACCGAGAAGAGUGACGCUGCAAGGACCCUACGAUUAUGAUGGACAUGGCACGCACACGGCUAGCACGGCGGCCGGCAUGUUCGUCGAUAACGCCAACAUCAAUGGUCUAGCUAAUGGCACAGCUUCUGGCGUGGCACCUCUAGCUUACCUUGCCAUCUAUAAGGUAUGUGCUUUAGAUGCUUGCUUGGCUUCUGACAUGUUAGCAGGGAUGGAUGCUGCCGUCGAUGAUGGAGUCGACGUGCUAUCCAUAUCCCUUGUUGCAUCCUCCGCUCCUUUUUACAACGACAGCAUCGCAAUCGGCGCAAUGGGGGCGAUCCAGAAGGGAAUCUUUGGCAUCCUUGUGAGCUGCGCGGCUGGAAAUGACGGGCCGGAGCACGGCACGCUGUCGAAUGAGGCGCCAUGGAUCCUCACAGUCGGUGCAAGCACCAUGGAUCGGUUGAUUCAGACAACAGUGACACUCGGAGGUAACGAUGAAAUUAAUGGAGAAUCUGCUUACGAGCCUAACAACUUCAGCUCCACCCCGCUGCCUUUGAUCUAUCCUGGCAUCCUCGGAGGCCGUCAGGCUGGUUUUUGCGACAAUUCCCCUUUAGACGACAUCGAUGUACGGGGAAAGAUAGGUGAAAUUGUGAAGAAUGCCGGAGGGCUCGGGUUGAUCGUUGUCAAUCUAAUGGUGGAAGGCUUCACCACCUUCAGCUAUACCCAUGUACUUCCAACAUCUCAUGUUAGCUUCUCCGAUGGACAGAGGAUCAAAGCAUACAUCAAUUCAGCUUCCGCUCCCAACGCAUCCAUCACCUUCGAGUGUACAGUGAUUGGAACAAAACCGGCUCCGGCUGUUGCUUACUUUUCUUCAGGAGGACCGAGUCAGGCCGACCCUAACAUCCUGAAGCCGGACGUCAUUGGUCCCGGGGUGAACGUUUUAGCCGCAUGGCCCUUCGAGGUCGGAGCCUCUGGCACCAGAGCCAGAUUCAACAUAAUCUCUGUGCAAAGCCGGACGUCGUCUAAGGGGGUGAAGGUGGACGUGAAGCCGAUGGUGCUCUCGUUUAUGAAGGCUAACGAGAGGGUCCAGUACAACGUUACAUUCAGCAGUAGCAGCAUAAGCGGUGGGAAAUAUUUUCAAGGAUAUUUGAUGUGGAUUUCAUCUGAUAACAGUACAACGGUUGGAAGUCCAAUAGUGAUAGCCGUUGUGUGA